UAGAGUAAUCAUAAUGGAGAAAAUAUUUACUAGUUCUAGUCGAGCAUGCACAUGUAGUCGUCCCUACCUUUUUCUUUCAUGGUGAUAGACUCAUCAUGCUUCUCAAAAAAUGAAGGACGAAAUGAAAACCGACAACAACAACGACAAAGACACUUGUCCCCUCUCCGCUUUUGAGUGGAUAGCGGACAAUGAGGCCUUUGUCGACACACUUAAGUGGUGCUGGCGGGAAUAUCAACAUGAAGACGGUGAACGCGAGAGGAUAGCCAAAGUAGUACUCUGUGAAACCUGUCAACUCUUCAAUGCAACUUCUACAGAGAGCAGGGACUGUUUGAUGGACGAUAGCAGACCUGAAGACGGACGAACCCUGAAGACGGUGUCAGUCAGUCCUGUAAUGUUUGUUCCCGGUUGUGGUACUUCAGAUAUCUGGAAAUUGUCCUUGCGUUGUGAUCAGUGCGAAAAACCCUUAUAUCGUAUAUUCGGCGCAGACGUAGACGAAAGUGCCAUAAACGAAGCUAAGGAAAGGUAUGAGCGACUACAGGUACAAACAAGACCAAACGAAGGUUCUUCUAGUCAUGUUGAAGAGACACUAGAACAACUUCACGUAUCCUGGGAGUGUGUGGACUUGGGGACGAAAACAAUAGAGACUACUCCUGCUCCUGCUGACAGGAGUUGGCUCACUUUCGAUAAAGGCACCUUGGACUACUUCCUGUGUGGAGAGGUGGAAACAAUGGCUACCUAUUUGUUAGACCAUGUUGCCAGGCGGACUCGGUCUCAGUCUCAGACGGAUCAUGAAAAUGGUAGUGGAGGGGGGUUUUACUUUUAUGUGCUGAUCAGCUUUCGGAACCCAGAGUUCUUGAAGAGAAUAGUGGAAGCAACGAGAUGUUUUCGAAUGGUUACAAAGAGGGAUGGUGAAACCGAAUCAGAAGGUUCGCAGGAGUCUUCAUCGAAAGAAGCCACGACGAAUUCUUAUUAUACGCUGGUAUUCAAACGCGAACAUGAUCUGGAGGAUACAGUAAAGAGUGACGCUUGCGCGCACGCAGCGCUUCAAGAAAGACUUCGUCAGAUAGUAGAUGAGUAUUACCGUGCCAAGGGGCGGACAGCUAACUACUCGCUCUCUCCCGCGUCCUCCCUCAUCAUACCUCCCAACGACGAGUCUACCCCUGUCUCAUUAGAAGCAGCCUACAAAAUAUGUGUGAGUAGCGAUCUGCAGAGUGAAUACCCUAUGUCUCUUUUUUUAGAAGACUUGAAAGCGACAAACCCUGAAGCUUUUAGAAAGGGACGCAUGUCUAGGAAAGAUAUGAUGAACUUUCUAGAGGAGAAUAUGUAGCUUUAACAGACAUAAUGUUCACCAUGAUAACAGAUACUGGUAGACAAGACUUCAGUC